AUGGCUGCCACCAGUGUUGAUCGCCUUCAAUACAUCACCAUGUCUCAGUCAGUCUUACCUGACACGGAGGAAGAAACUUCUGACCUGGUGGCAUUGAGGGGAGACAUAGCCAACUACCUCAUCAAUGCGCUAGAGAGAGAGCCACUCAUGUCCUUCCACGGCAGCAUGAUAGGGAGUACAUUAGAGGUCCUGGGAUUGACUCAUCGUAACCUGGGGCAUCUGGAGAGGUUAUUGUCUUACAUACAACACCUGGGCCAAAUGAUGGAGACGUCUGUAAAAUUACACGAGUUUCACCAUGAUGAAUUGAUGAAAACGGCAUCUAGGAUAAGAAUGACGCUCCUGAGCUAUAGGGAGCAAAUGAAUCCAAUAUCUGAGUACAUUUAUCCACCAUAUUCUCAAUUACCGGGCUAUGAAAAACUUCAAUCAGGUGCAAUCAUAUUGGGUCUUGCACAACUUUUUAAAGACAAAAAUGAUCGAAGAGACUAUCAGGCCCGGCAGUCUGCUGUUGAGGAGAUAUUACAGGGUAUAGUUUGUUCCCUACGAGGCCCUAUAGCCAUAGCUCUUAGACGCAGACUAUUUUCAACGUCUGGUCCUGACAAUCUGGAAGACAUUUGCUCUCAUAAACAAUGGCCUCUCACCCCUCAGAAGCGCAACAAUCUCCUAGCCUUAAGGUUGUUGUCAUAUGAACAUGUCUUCAAGGGUCCACUCUCAGGUACCGUGGAUGAUCUAGCAGCUCUCCUGUGGACAAUUGGAUGGUAUGAGGCUCGUUGUCAGGACCAGACGUUGUAG